UUCCUCUUAGUGGACUCACCGGCUCCACUCCUAUCUCUCCUCUCUCUGUUUGCCUGUAGCCCUCCCUAAGAAGCAAUCAUGAGCGUAAAGAUCUCCUCAUCCAGCUAUAGCAUCGGCGGUGGUGGUGGCAGCAUGAGUGGCGGCUUCAGCAGCGGUGGCGGUGGCGGCUACAGCAGCGGUGGCAGCGUGAGGAGGAGCUUCUCCAGCCAGUCCGCCAUGGCAGGCGGCGGCGGCGGCGGUGCCCGCAUGAGCUCCGUGUCCAUGAGGCGCUCCAUCGGCGGCGGUGGCAUGGGAGGCGGUGGUGGUGGUGGUGGCUUCGGCUACAGCCUGAGCAGUGGUGGUGGUGGUGGCGGCUUCGGCAGCGGCUUCGGUUCCGGCGGAGGUGGUGGUGGCUUCGGACUGGGAAUGGGUGGCGGAGGUGGUGGUGGCUUCGGACUGGGCAUGGGAGGUGGAGGUGGUGGUUGCAUACCACCAACCAUCACAGCUGUCACCGUCAACCAGAGUCUGCUCGCCCCCCUGAACCUGGAGAUCGACCCCACCAUUCAGACCGUCCGCACUCAGGAGAAGAACCAGAUCAUGACCCUCAACAACCGCUUCGCCUCCUUCAUCGACAAGGUGCGCUUCCUGGAACAGCAGAACAAGAUGCUGGAGACCAAGUGGAGCCUCCUCCAGGACCAGACCACCGUGCGCUCCAACAUCGACUCCAUGUUUGAGGCCUACAUUGGCAACCUGCGCAGACAGCUCGACGGCCUGGGAAAUGAGAAGGUCAAACUGGAGGGAGAGUUGAGAAACAUGCAGGGUCUGGUUGAGGACUUCAAAAUGAAGUAUGAGGAUGAAAUUAACAAGCGUGCCUCAGUGGAGAAUGAGUUUGUUCUGCUCAAGAAGGAUGUUGAUGCUGCCUACAUGACCAAGGUAGAACUGGAGGCCAAGGUUGAUGCCCUUCAGGAUGAAAUCAACUUCCUCAGGGCCAUCUAUGAAGAGGAGCUGCGCGAGCUGCAGGGCCAGAUCAAGGACACCUCUGCUAUUGUGGAGAUGGACAACAGCCGAACUCUGGACAUGGACUCCAUUGUGGCUGAAGUGCGUGCUCAGUACGAGGACAUCGCCAACCGCAGCCGGGCCGAGGCAGAGACGUGGUACAAGGCCAAGUUUGAGGAGAUGCAGUCCUCUGCUGGCAGAUACGGUGAUGACCUGCGCACAACCAAGGCAGAGAUCUCUGAGCUCACCCGAAUGAUCAGCCGCCUCCAGAAUGAAAUUGAAUCAGUCAAAGGACAGCGUGCCAACCUUGAGGCCCAGAUUGCAGAGGCUGAGGAACGUGGAGAGAUGGCAGUGAAGGAUGCCAAGCUGCGCAUCAGGGACCUUGAGGAGGCCCUCCAGAGAGCCAAGCAGGACAUGGCCCGCCAGGUGCGCGAGUACCAGGAGCUGAUGAACGUCAAACUGGCCCUCGACAUUGAGAUCGCCACCUACAGGAAACUGCUGGAAGGAGAGGAGUCCAGAAUCUCUUCUGGUGGUGCCUCUGCAACAGUUCACAUCCAGGAAUCCUCUGGUGGUGGAGGCGGUGGCAUGUCCCUUGGCGGAGGCGGAGGCGGUGGAUACGGCUAUGGUGGCGGCUCUGGCAUGAGCAUGUCCUACGGCGGCGGCGGCGGUGGCGGCAUGGGCAUGUCCUACGGCGGCGGCGGCGGCAUGAGCAUGGGAAUGAGCGGGGGCGGCGGCUCAAGCAUUGGCGGUGGCGGCAGCAGCAUUUCCAUGUCUCGCUCCUCUACGGUGUCCAGUGGCAUGCGUCGCUAUUAAAUGAGGAACAACUCCUCUCCUCCCUCUAACCUUUACCCCCUAUGCUCUUAUCAUUUCCCCUCACUCACAGAGCACGAUCUUUUCACAAGUGUUCUCCAUUGAGAAGGAAGUUUAUAUCUGGAGAAUAGUGGCUUAUUUUAUGCUCUGUGCGUGAGUGUCCUUCUUUGUUUUGUUCCUCAUUUAGUCUCGAUAUUACCUAGUCCAGAUUCUGUAAUAAUCCUGUUCUUCAUGAGUUCAUCAGCAGGUAUAAACUGAGAUAUGGCACAAACCGGCAGAGUGGAAGUCAAGACCCCAUUCUUUCAGCCUGGUUGAUAUUACUGCUCUAAGAGAAAAACAUAUUGUCAUUCCACUCGGUUUUGCCUGUUUGAAAAUGCAUACAAAAGGGUGCCGGAUUUAAAUCUCAUUACUAAAAAGCUGAACAGAAAAUCAAUAUGUCAGAGACUGUUGCAGCUUCCCAACUCAUAUCCCACUUUUUGAAGCAUUUCCAAACACAAGCCCAUGGAGCUAAGCCCUAUGCCAACUCAACCAAAGUGAUAUCCUGGCCCUUGUUGAAUGGAGUAAUUGUGUGAUAACCUUCAUCAUUUGCUCUUUUCUCUACCUUUCCCCUGGGAUAAUGGGCCUUGCAGAGAACUUAAGCAAUUCUCUGUUAUCAUUCACUAUUUCAUGUUUCAUCCUGCAACGGCUGAUUGUCUUAACCAGAUUUAGGAUGUGCAGCAAGCCAUGUACAUGCGAAAACACUCAAUAAAUCUUGGUUCUUCAGAAA